CAGUGUACUUUGCACGUCUAUUCUAUUCAUCUCUCAAGUCAAACGAUGGUGUGAGACUGAGGGAGAGGAUACAUACUGGACGUGGGGUGGAUGCCAACAACUGAGAGAAGAAGGUAUUUGGUUAAGUCAUCGAGCGACAGCCAGAAAGGUGCGCGCGUUCAGAUGCUCCGCUGGCACGGGCUUUUUUCCCUGGCAAGAGAGAGAUAGCGGGAGAUGCUGCUGGAGUUGCUUUUGCGCCGUUCUGCUCUCUCUGUCUCUCUGGCUCUAAUCUUUCCUUGGGACAAGACAUUUGGUGAAGGGAGAUGUGAAGAGGCUUAAAGUAUGGCAUGCAAAGAUGGUUUCUGCCAAGAAGGAGAUGGUGACUGCGAAGUACCCCAGUUACAUUUCGACUCUCUUCUACCUUUUCUGCCUGACUGCUUGUGUAAAGAGAAUCUCUGGAAUGAUAAAAAAGGAUGAGAGAAUAUUUCCCGAGAAUUUCACACGCAUUUUAGACCGACUCCUGGACGGGUAUGACAACAGACUGCGACCUGGAUUUGGGGGUCCAGUGACAGAGGUGAAAACAGACAUUUAUGUGACAAGUUUCGGGCCUGUCUCUGAUGUUGAGAUGGAGUACACCAUGGACGUGUUCUUCAGACAGACAUGGAUGGACAGGAGGCUGAGGUACGAGGGGCCUAUGGAGAUCCUCCGCCUCAACAACAUGAUGGUCUCCAAUGUGUGGACUCCAGACACCUUCUUCAGGAAUGGCAAGAAGUCUGUGGCCCACAACAUGACCGCCCCCAACAGGCUGUUCCGCAUCAUGAAGAACGGCACCAUUCUUUACACCAUGAGGUUGACUAUCAGUGCAGAGUGUCCUAUGAAGCUGGUUGACUUCCCCAUGGAUGGACAUGCAUGCCCUCUCAAGUUUGGAAGCUAUGCAUACCCUAAAACAGAGAUGAUCUAUACCUGGACCAAAGGACCACAGAAUUCAGUGGAGGUUCCCCAAGAAUCCUCCAGCCUAGUGCAGUACGAUCUCAUUGGCCACACUGUCAGCAGUGAGGAGGUCAAAUCAAUCACAGGUGAAUAUGUGGUGAUGACAGUGCACUUCCACUUGAAGCGGAAAAUGGGCUACUUCAUGAUUCAGACGUAUAUCCCCUGCAUCAUGACAGUAAUCCUCUCCCAAGUGUCCUUCUGGAUAAAUAAGGAAUCGGUCCCGGCUCGAACAGUCUUUGGCAUCACCACAGUCCUGACCAUGACCACGUUGAGCAUCAGUGCACGCCACUCCCUCCCCAAGGUCUCCUACGCCACGGCCAUGGACUGGUUCAUCGCUGUGUGUUUCGCCUUUGUCUUCUCUGCCCUCAUCGAGUUCGCUGCCGUCAACUACUUCACCAACGCAGAGAUGGAGAGACUGAAAAGGAUGCCGCCAAAAUGCCCACCGGCGCCCCAAACAACCCCGGUGAAGGUGAAGGAGGAAGUUCUGCAGCAUAACCCUGACCCCAACGGUAACCCUGACACCAACGGUAACCUUCGAAAACGGAUGAACUACAUGUCCCAGCAAGACGGCCAGAAAGCUGAGUCCAACAGCGCAGCAGCUACAGGGGUAACCAGGAAACAACCCCAGUCUGGCCAAUCGUCUUCAUCCACGGGGGCGACUGGGGGCGCCAUCAUCCUACCACACUCCAGCCCCGGCCCCGCCAGCCAACCCAACGCCUCCUCCACCCUGUCCGUCAAGAACACGCCCCCGGCUCCACCCACCACCUCGACAAUACCAGCCAAUCAGAGCCAGCCCACCGCUGACUCCUCCCUCCAGGACCUCCUGGGACCCAGACUGCAGCACAUUCAGCUGAUGGGCAAAAAUGAGCCCAAGCAGUCACCAUGCUCCCAGCCGACCACCGCCGGGAUGGGCGGGACCAGUAAAAUCGACAAGUACGCUCGCAUCCUGUUCCCAGUGUCCUUUGGAGCAUUCAACAUGGUCUACUGGGUGGUUUACUUGUCCAAAGACACCAUGGAGGCCAAAUUUCGAGGCCAAAUCUAGUUUCUAGCUCCUCUUGUGGUGAUCUGGGGAAUCAUUUUCUACAAAAUGUAUAAUGACGGGAUAACGACAAUGGGUUCUCUUGAAUCCUAUCAGAGCUCUGGAGAAACGGAAGAUGAAAUGACAAGAAAACCAAACAUGCUGGACAAGAGCCUCAAAUGAUUACACCCAGGAAUACUAAUCUCAGAACACCUGUUUGUUUAAUUUUCUACAGGGCUUCUGAGAAUGAGCAUGGCAACAAAACCAUUCCAAAUAUGUCUGAAUCGACUAGGCCAUACCCUGAGUGGCCAUAUCCAAUAUGCAAUACAGUAACGGUUUGUUAUACAGAGGUUAGUUGUUUUAAUGUUAGUAAGUACCCUCGCUGAAGCAAAAUACAGUAAUUCCUGAUCUUAGAGAAAACAGCUAAUAGAUCCCUCUAGUCUUAGCAGGCAUUGCUACAAUGACAAAGGAUUAUGAAUCACUGAGGGUGAGCCGGACACACUACAAGUCACAAGGUGUCAAGAAGAACACAGAUGCAUAGACAAGCAGAUUUGGGGUGUAUUUUCUCCGUUACUGAUAAACACCAGUAGAUAUCUGUGUAUGUUGUCAUUUGUUCUGGUAUCAGAAGUAGAUCCAUUUUGUCCUCUCAAAUCUAAUUGCACUCCCAAGCCCGUACAGCGAACCUCGACCAAGCUUUGUUAACAAGCGUAGAAUGAGGUUACCAUACAUGCUGGCCUACUUUGCUCAGUACCCUACAGACAACAUUUCCAGGGGAUAAUGUUCCUCUAAGCCCUAUUAGUUCCAUAUUCUGAGUACAUUCCCUCCAAAAACAUUCUAGGAAGUCUUUGUUUGAAUGUUCAACUAUGAAAUGAUGUGUUUUUCUUUUACAUAGUCUGUUUCUGAAACAUUGUGUAUUCAUGUAUUCAUUAAUCAAUAUUCUUAUUUCUUAUUAACUCACAAAGGAAUAUAUUGUAGGAACCUGGUGAAACCCUUUGUUUUGGGAACAUUUCCUCUGAUUUUGGGGAUAUUAUUUUUUUUGCAUAUGUGGGUACUUGUUAUUGUGCAUCAUGAUUACAGAGGUCAGUGGAAGGGUCAUUCCCCAUAUCAGAAUGUGUUACAUUGGUGUAGAAUGCAACUACCAUGCAUCCAUCAGAGAUACGCCCAGAAGAUCAGUUGGUUAGGGACUUGAGAGAUGGGGAGGAAGUGGGAAAGUGUAUAGUGACUAUGUAAUUCUCUCUGGGCGUUAGGUAUCAUUUCAUAGUGUAUUAGCCUUUUGGGUAUCUAUUCUAACUUUGGACAGCUUUCCACGGAUAAGGUACAGAAUUCUACAUUUGUCAGUCCUAAACAUGUGCUAUGUCCAUAGCAUCCAUACAACCCUCUCUUAUAGUAAAAGUAUACUGCUGUCUAUCCCUGAGGACAACUCUCAUCUCUCGUUAUCAGCUGAGGUGAUGUCACCCGCAGAGGCAUGGUUGGUGAUUAUCCUGAUGCUUGGUUUCCUGCUAAUGGCUAUUAUACAUAGUUGGCCCCUCAGUCACUGUUGACUUAAUAGUGCAUUCAUUUCCUGCAUAUCCUGCAGGUGGGGCUCAAAACAGAGAGGCUGAUGCACAGAUCAAGAUGUCUGCCUCAGCCUCAUGUCUCCUCGACGCACUCAUGUGUGAAAUUGAUUUUGCCCCCCCAACCCCACACACAAACACACAUCCAUGUACAACAACACACACACUCUUUGAAGGCCUUGUUAUCAGCAGGUGAGAUGGUGUUUUGAUGCAUUUCUAUGUGUUCUAUUUCCCAGCUGUCCUCAUUGUUUUCUCUGUCUCAAUAACACACCUUACCGAGUGAUUGAUGUGGGUGUCAAGGCAGGUUGCCUUGCUUGUUUAAAUAAUUUCAGGCUAGACGGCGGCCGGCUAAUGAAAGUUGGGUCUUACAUAAAGAGCUCCUGGAUGCUGUUUGGGAGCGACAGAACAGAGGGAAACAGAGGAGAAGUUUAGCGAGUCUAGUGUAAACAGCCAGAGAGCUCUUGCAGAGGAUGUGGUUGACUGCUUACGUCUGAUACUAAAGCAUCCCCCGGGGUGUUUAGCCCCAGUAGAAGGGAGGGAGGUCAUUAUGCAGGCUCAAUAAAGGAACACAUCGACAUCACUGUUUCAUUUGUACAGGCCCUCAGUAUGUUGUUUGUUCUAUGUCUUGAAUAUCUAAAUGAGACUGCUUAGAAGAAGAAGACCUGCGGAUAUGAUGUGUUAACUCACCGCAAACCCAGGCCUAAUCUGUCCACCACUUAAACCCAAUGGUUGAAGUUGAAUAAAUGUGCCCCCUAAAGAUGUUCUCAGAGACAUGGUCCUGAGGGUCAAUAGUUCAAUGUAUGGGAUAUACGUUUGUUUUUAUAACUAUGUUUUCAAUUCAAUAAUAUGUGAGAUUACUUUUCAGUGUAAUUGUGUUUUACACAAAAUACUUGUGAGGUUUGUGUUCUUAUGCGGUAAGCAUAAUUUCAGCUUGGAAAUCACAAUUAGGCUUUCCUCCACCAGUUUUUUUUAUAGUUUGAACAUGUUUGUCAUACUGGACUCAGGUACUGAGCUUUUUCUUUGUUUUCUGUUUUAGGGAUGAUUUCACAGACCUAGAUAAACCUAUUCCUCUAUAUAAGGCCACUGGAAGAGAAUCAGAUUUGGUAAUUGACUUAGCAAUGGAAGUCUUUGUCUCUGAGAAUAACUGGAGAUUAUUAUUUUUUUCAUUGCAAGCAGUUAUGUGAGCAAAUAUACAUAAAGGCUCCUUGGACUGCCUCCAGAAUCAAGCCCAGGCAAGGAAUAUAACUGCAAGAAGGAUUGGGAUGGCAUACACGUAGGUGGAAUAAAAAAAAGACAUUGUUAUCUCUUUCCAAGAGGUCAACCCUUACACAAAAUGGUGAACUCCUCCUGACUGUACAUACUCACAACAAUAACCGAAUGUCUUUGUACAAAAUACUGACGUUGUGUGUUUUGUAGUCAAGAGAAUAUUUCCCAUUGCUCUAUGCAAGACUAACACUUUAAAAUUGUGACAUAGUGCAGGUGCCAUUCUGGGUCCUCUGAAAGGAAGUGACAUCACUCUCAGGCAAAUAAACAGAGUGCAUAAUGUUAUAACAUU